CAAGCGAGCUCUCCGGUCCAGAUGUGCGCGCUCUGUACGUGGGACCAGCUGGCUCGCGGCUUUUAAAGAGGAGAUAGGAACGAGGAUGUGCUCCAACGCCAGUGUGAUCACAGUACAGCUUGGAUCCCUUGGCCAGGCAGACAAACCGCAGAUUCAUCUCUUACCAUGUGAGAUCGAACAUGAUGGGCCAGCUGAGGUCUCGCGCUACUUCACGCCUACAGUGAAGGACCAUAAAAAUGAAAUGUCAGUGUCAUUCAGGGGCCGUGGGUUGAAAGGUGCCGAGAUCAACUGUCCACAGGGCUACACUGGUCUUGUUUUGAAAGAGGACAAUAAAGCUGCUUCUGACCAAGAGGACAGGACAGUAAGGAUCUCUUCUGUUUUCCACCGUUUCACCUACUGGAACCUUGAGACCAAACCUAACUCCGAUGAUGGUGUUGUCAUGGCAAUGACGUGGCCAGCGCUGGCAGAAGCGAUUCAUGGAUCUGUUGAUGGACAGUGAGGAUCAUGCAGUCUCUUCAACUUUGAAAUCCUGCUUGCUCUUCAGUUUAGUGAUGAUUCCUAGGAUGGUGUCUAAUAUCUAGCCAUCAGGUCAUGGUGGGUUCCAAAGUAGUUGCCAAAUGUCAGUACAGUACUGCAGCUUUUUCAUGGAUCUGACCUAACAUGAGGUGAGCAGCCUUCUAACUGGAAAAAGUACAAAAUUAACUUUUUAGCUGUGUUUAUCAAGGCAGGUUUGGCAAAUAUUUGGAAGCACUUUUCAUUAGUCUAUCAGUAAACCUAACAAGUGCCACAGGAAUGUUUCUCAGAACAUACAACUAUAAAUCAGAUUUUUGUCAAAGCUAGCCUGGUUCUUUUAGCUUUGGAUUGCUGAUUCUUUUCAUAGUAUUUUAUUUUAAAUCAUGAAAAUGCCAUGGUGAUAUUGCUGCAUGUAAGUGAGCUUCUAGGGAAGUUGAUAGCCCACAGGAGACUUUUUCCAUGACUGAAAUAAUUACAAGUGACCAACAGUUUUAAUAAACUUCUAAUUUCUUUUAGAAAACACAACAGUGAAUAUUCACUUCUACUGUCCCCCCCCAAAAAAAUUGCUAGUGACACACUGUACAUUCUUAAAUUUCAAUGCAGCUUGUUUAAAAUAGGACUGGUCAUCCUCAUAUCUGGCAUACAGAAGUUUUUUUU